AUGGGUAAGAAGACACAACACUGCCUGCUGCUUUUGCUGUGUUUGUCAGGGCUUGUUCCCUGCUCAGCUGCCAUGGUGUUUUGGACAGCCGUGGUGGAUAUAAGCUAUGCUAUCAGCAACAAUCAGACUGUAGACAAAUACUGUGAGUGUGGGGUGUUUGGUCGCAACUCUCCCCUGGAGAAAGCCUCUGGCAUUAUAACUCUUCCCAAGAGAGACCCCAAAGGCUGUGGACCGGAUCCUGGCUACAACCGCAAUGCCAGCUCACCAGCAUGGAUCGCCCUGGUUAAAAGGGGCAAUUGUACCUUCAGCGAGAAGAUAAAUGCCGCCAAACGACAAGGGGCAGCUGGUGUGCUGGUGUACAAUUUGGAUGGCAGCGGCAACACCACCACUCACAUGGCCCAUUCAGAUGCACCCGAUAUCGUGGCAGUCAUGAUUGGAAACCUUCAAGGUAUGGAGAUUGUAAAGUUGGUGAAGAAUGGGACUGACGUCCAGAUGGUUAUCGACGUAGGCAGCCCUCACGGACCCUGGAUGGACAGCUAUUGGCUCUACUUCUUAUCCAUCUCAUUUUUUGUUGUGACAGCAGCUGCUAUCACCUACUUUGUUUUCAUAUCUGCCAACCGCCUCUACAACCUGAACAGGCACAGGCGCACUGAAAGGAAGCUGAAAAAUGAGGCAAAGAAGGCCAUCGGGCGACUACAAGUACGCACGCUCAAGAAAGACGAUGAGGAAACAAUGAAUGAUUCCAACAUGUGUGCUGUGUGUAUCGAAUCCUACAGAGCCGGUGAAGUGGUGACAGUGCUAACAUGUGACCACAUCUUCCAUAAAGCCUGCAUCGAGCCCUGGCUGCUGGACAGGAGGACCUGCCCCAUGUGUAAGUGCGACAUCCUGAAGGCCUUGGGGAUUGAGGAAGAGUCAAAGGACAACAUUUCCACUCAUUCACCACCAGAUGUCACUGUGGUCACAGUGGCAGGAGCAGAGGCCUUGUAUGAAGUCCCACUGACUGACCCAGGGAGCUUUGACCCAGAGAGACAACAGCAUCUCUAUGACAACAGGGCCUUUGAGGGAGACUCAGAGGCGUCGAGAGGAUGAACAACAGCGACGGAAACAAAGCAGCAACAAAUCAGGACACUGUCAAAUUCCCUGUUUGAUAGAGGUGUUUUUUUGGGGGAUACAUGAAACCAGCACAAAGGAAUGAAACCAUAAUGAUCCAACAUGAGAAACACUGUUCUUCUUGUAAGGCAGGCAUGCUCACAGAUUUAAAAAAAAUUCAGAGGAUGAAAAAUGUUAAUGGACCUUUUUCUAAUCAUCUUGGAUGCUGUUGCAGUUUCUUUGUGUCUGUUUUGGUUCAAGUGUGAAAUUACUGGGUGUGUUCAUGCAGCUACCUUGAGAUGGUUCUUACAGCUUGAACACUGAGAAGUCGUGGAGUGUAGCCAGUGUCAAAUUGCAGUUUUGCAUAGUGACCACACCAGCUCGACUCUGUUUGUCCAGCAAAUGCAAAGGAUUAUCUGAUCAUCUGUUUGAAAUUGGGGCCAAAGUUUCCUUAACAAAAAAAAGCUCUUUAGCUUCCAUUGUCUUUUAAAACCAGAGCCGAGUUAAUGUCUCCUUGUUCAAUUACUUAAAACAAACAGGCUCUUCUUCCUGCUCUUUUUGUGAGCCGGAGCAUGUUUUUUUCCAUUCCAGUUGUCACGUUGACAGUGAGAAUAUGCUAACACACCCUUAUGAACACACCCAUGAUGACUGGUAAUGCAGGAUGACACACAUUGCACUAAAAUGAGUGAAUAACAUCACCUGAGGGGCUGACUCUCUGUAGGAACAUGCACCAUAGAAACAUGUUUUCUGGAUACUCAGUAAGAAUCCAUCAGGCCUUUUUGUGGCGGUUGGCAGGCCUGUGGUUGUCUUAUUUUGCAAUAGAUAGACCCACAGUUAUACGACAGGGCAAUAAAUGUCAUACUGUAUACAACAUGCAUCCAAAGAAUGUAAUCUUCACUGUAUGAUGGGGUAAAUUAUCUUUAUGAUGCUGUCUAUGACACUAUGUAUAUAUUGAGAUUAAUCUGUAAAUCAUGAAGAUAAUAUAAAGUUAAACCUAAUAUAUGUACUGAACUUCUAACAGCUGAUUUUGUAUGUACAAGCACAAACGGUUGGACAGGUCUUCCAGGUUUUACCUCUUCUUAUUUGACACAGACUUUAUUCAGCCCUUGUGGUCUACCUCUGCACUGUCUGUACAUUGUUUUUAAGGUUUCUUUAAUUCUAAGUGUGUCCCUCAGUGAAUGACAAAGCUACAGAAUUGUUCUUCAUCUGCUGCUGGGGAUGUGCUGAUUAUGGUACUUAUUCUACUUGCCUAUAUUGAGUCAUUUUCGCUACUGUUAACCAGAUUCCAGGAGUCUUAAAUCGUUCUGUUUAAAUGAAUAUUACUUGCUGUAUUAAAUCACAUUGAUGCUUAUUAGAAUGCAAUAAAUCCCUCAAAAUGAGGCCAACUUUA